AUGAUGUUGAACUGGCGUCAUAUAAGUUAUUCAACUUCAGGGCACUUAGUCUGCUGCAUAUUUUCUUUUUCUUAUCCAAGAAACUUGCUUGAAGCCUGCUUUGAACUUCUUGUUUCUGAUGGAGUUGAUGGUCUUGCUAAAGGCCGAUACUUUCUCACUCAGGUGACAACUUUCUUGAGUGUUGGUGACCCUGCUCUUGAUGAGACAAAAGAUGAGAUUUCACUAUGUAAAGAUUCCUCACAGGCUUGCACACAUAUGAAAGAAACAAAUGAAGUUACACAUGUAUCAAAUGACGGCACUGUUCUAGAAAAAUCUCUAUCUAAGAUUUCUUUCAUGGGAAUGGCUAUUGGCAAGGAUAUAUAUCAUUGA